AUGACUGAUCGGUUCAUCGAUACAGCGACAGCAGAAAUAUUCAGUAGUGACGCUUCAUACUAUUUCUUUCUUAUUCCAACUUUAAUUCCAGCGCUGUUAAGAGAAAAUGCUGAUGACUUGUUUUCGAAGGAAGAUAUUGUGGAUGCUGUUGGCAUUCAUAUACAAAGUUCUGUGGAGGGCCUUAGCGAUGAAGCUGUUGAACUUGCUUGCGAAAAGCUUGCCUUAUUACUUCAUGAUGGAAAAACUACAUCUCGACGUGAAGAUGAUAUUGGUCAACGGCGUUUAAAUCAAACUAUUGACAUAAGUGCUCAGCAUUUCGACUCAGAUGAUAUUACAAGCAUAUGGAGAAUUUCUAAUCGAGAUACACCUUUAUUGGUAGAUAAAAAGAAGCUUGAAAAAGCGGAAACACGCGCAUUGGAAAAAGUUGCUAAACGUGAAAUUGAUGGUAAUAAAGUGCAGAAAAAGAGGCCAGCUGAUCUCAUAGCUACGGCUUCUCAGUCAACAAGCAGACGGGAUGGAAAAUCUGAUGGAAGCACAAUGGAUAUUCAUUUAAAUAAUGUUGAUGUUUCAGUAGGACCUAAGCAACUUCUCUCUGGUGCAGACGUUAUUUUAGCUUAUGGACGUCGUUACGGGUUGGUUGGUCGGAACGGAGCCGGAAAGUCUACUUUUCUUAGAAUGAUUUCGUCGAAACAGCUAAAAAUACCUUCCAAUAUCAGCAUGUUAAGUGUUGAGCAAGAAGUAGACGGAGAUGACACAGAAGUUAGACAAGCUGUUUUGGAAAGUGAUACUGUAAGGAUGAGAGUGCUGCGUCGAGAAGAAGAAUUACAUCGACUUAUUCGAGAGUGUUGUAACGAUGCAGAUAAAGAAAAGUAUAGUUCAGAAUUAGGGAAAGUAUAUGCCGAAAUUGAAGCGAAUCAAAUGGAUAAAGCACCAGCCCGUGCUUCUUCUAUUUUGUUUGGUCUUGGAUUUACACCUGAAGAACAGAAACGGCCUACAAAGGAAUUUUCUGGAGGUUGGCGGAUGAGAUUAGCGUUAGCAAAGGCACUGUUCAUGAGACCAGAUUUACUCUUAUUAGACGAACCCACAAAUAUGUUGGACUUGAGAGCAGUAAUUUGGCUAGAAAACCAUCUUCAGGAAUGGACUUCUACAAUUGUGAUAGUGUCACAUGACCGCAGCUUUUUAAAUACAGUUUGUACAGACAUUAUACAUUUACACUCAAAAAGACUCGAUCAAUAUAAAGGCAAUUAUGUUAUUUUUGAAAAAACAAUGAAAGAGAAACUGACUCAGCAACAAAGGGAAUACGAGGCACAACAACAGUUGCGUCAGCAUACGCAGGAAUUUAUUGAUAAAUUUCGAUACAACGCUAAACGAGCAUCUAUGGUGCAAAGUCGUAUAAAGAUGCUUGAAAAAUUACCAGUACUCAAACCAAUUGUUCUAGAAGGUGAUGUAAAGCUAGCAUUUCCAACUUGCGAGAAGUUAAACCAUUUAGUGCUACAGUUAGAUGAUGUGUCAUUCAGGUAUACGUCCGUUUCACCACUUAUAUUUACGAAACUACAGAUCGGAUCGCAUGCAGACUCACGUGUUUGCAUCGUUGGUGAAAAUGGUGCUGGCAAAACAACACUGUUAAAAUUGCUUCUUGGAGAUUUGUCGCCAACAACUGGCUUUCGUAAUGCUAAUCGUCGUCUGAAGAUAGGCUAUUUCUCGCAGCAUCAUAUUGAUCAACUUGAUAUGGAUGUAUCUGGAAUAGAAGUUCUGGAAAAAAGAUUCCCUGGUGGUAAAAAUCAAGAAGAGUAUAGAGCCGCUCUUGGUCGAUUUGGAUUAUCUGGCGACCUAGCGCAGCAAUCUGUUGCCACUCUUUCUGGCGGACAAAAAUCUCGUCUUGCUUUCGCUAGUAUUGCUAUGUCAAACCCUAACUACUUAAUUAUGGAUGAGCCUACCAAUCACUUGGAUGUAGAAACGGUCGAAGCAUUGGGUAAAGCGCUCAAUGCAUUCAUGGGUGGAGUGGUGAUCGUUUCUCAUGAUGAAAAGCUCAUAGAUAUGGUCUGUAAGGAACUGUGGGUUGUCAAAGACCGUUCUGUGAUUACUUUAGAGGGAGGUUUGCAAGAAUAUAAGAAGCAUGUCAUGAGGCAGUUAGCAUUGUAA